AUGAAUCCGGCAGUGGAAUCUGCGCAUCGAGGAACCUUUCCGGUUCCGCUGCGCGCUGGCCAUAUAAAGGACCAGCCAAGCCUAGAGCGACUGAGGCACAACGCUCUUUUCGGCACAAACUCACGCUUCUUCAUGUACCAGGUCAGUUACCUAAAUGGAACUAAGUGUUAUCGCUCUAGCAACGUUAUGCUUUUAAGAGUGUCGUGCCCCAUUAGCAAGCGACAAAUGGUUGAGUGUCUUGAACAUACCAGCCUGUGCUUCGUUGAUGCUCUACUAUUCUCUCUCUACGACGGCUGUCUGACGCUUUCCCAAGUCUUACUGCUCCUAUCGAGGGAUGUAGAACUAAAUCCAGGGCCCAUGAAUGCAGUUGAACGUGACCAAAUGACAAACAUUGAAAGGAUACUCUUAGAAAUGAAAACAGGCCAGGAAACUGUGCUUGCGAAGUUAACGGAAAUUACAACAAGACAAUGUGAAAUAGGUUCAAAAAUUACGGGCUUAAUAGAGAAGACAAACAAUGUAGAAAGUCGUAAUGCUCGGGUGGAAAAAAUGGAAGAUAAAUUUAUGGCUAAACUAGACGACUUGGAAAAUAGAAGCCGUAGACAGAAUCUGGUCUUUUUCGGGUUGCCUGUCUUCAAAAACGCUUACAUACUUAAAGGCACUUCGUACAGCAUCUCUGAAGAUUUCAGCCGAGCCGUACAAGAAAAAAGACGUCAGCUUUGGAAUUAUGCGAAAGAAAAAAGACAGAACAAAGAAAAUCAUGUUCGCUUGAGUUAUGAUAAAUUGAUCAUCAAUGGGCAAACGUUUGUCUGGGAUAGCGAUAUGCGGAUGCCAGUUCCACUUCAGCCUGAACGGCUCUCUGUCCUGCCUGUAAAUUGUCGCAGCAUAAAGAACAAAGUCGAUAACUUGAUCUCUUUAGUAGCCACUGUUAAACCUCAGACUGUGAUGGGCACCGAAUCAUGGUUAGACAAGGAUAUACCUGAUGUAGAAAUCUUUCCGCCUGGUUUUACUGUCUAUCGGAAGGAUAGGCAUGGACAUGGCGGGGGAGUAUUCAUUUUGAUAUCAAAUGCAAUUUCAGGUACACAAAUUUUAUUUGAAAACGAUUCUGAGUCUGUCUGGUGCCUUGUGAAAUUGCCUAACGGAAACAAUGUAGUGUACGGGACAUUCUACCGCCCACCCGGCAGCAGCGACUCAUUCGCAUUGCUGUCUGAGAUGCUAUCUCUCCUGCCUAACAGCGUAUUUCUAGGGGAGGAUUUCAAUUUGCCAGACUUCAACUGGAAUGCCGGAUGUGUGGCUGGCAAAAGGUCCCGUAUGUACACAGAGUUCGAAGAACUGCUCGGAUUAAAUGGAUUGCAGCAGUACGUACUGGAACCUACGCGAGAAAAUGCAAUUCUAGACUUCGUACUUUGCAAUGAGCCGAACAUAAUAUCAAAAGUUACUGUUUGCCCAGGUAUUAGUGACCACAGGGCAGUUGUCAUAGAACUUAACAUACAGCGAGUACGGAUGGCGCAAAUUCCGCAAAGUGUACAGCUACGAUAGAGGAGACUAUGCUGCUAUCAGGACCGAACUUGAAAAUUUCUUUCCUACUUUCCAAUAUAUGUCAAACGCACGCUGUCCGUUAACUUUGUGGUCAGCAUUUCGGGACAAAAUACUUAAACUAGUCGAAAUUCAUGUUCCAUGCAGGUACCUGCGCAACGAAAAAAAAAAAAAACCUUGGUUUAACGUAGAAAUACGUAAACUUAUAAGAAAAGCAAGACAAACGUAUAAAACAUUUUCUGCUGACACCAGUCUGGCAAAUCAGAAACGCUUGCAAGAGAUAAAUAAGCUAUUGAAAGCAACAAUUAAAUCUUCCAAAGAUACCUUCUUUGUUAAAUUAAAGAAGGACUUGAGAGAAAACCCAAAAUCUUUUUGGAAAUAUGUAAAACAAAAUCGAAAAAAGACAUAUCAAUACCAUCUUUAACUGUUGACGGCAAAACCGUGACGUCGGACAAUCAGAGGGCGGAAUGCUUCAACAUGUACUUCCAAUCUGUGUUUUCGCUAUUACCUGCUGGGGAUACCUCGCUUUUGAACAACGCCAAUCAAGGCGAUAUGAUGCCAGACAUUGAAUUUGAUGUUAGUGGCGUCGACUCUUUAUUACGGCAUUUAGAUGGCACAAAAGCAAUUGGACCUGAUGGAAUAUCCCCAGUGGUCCUUAAAGAGUGUCAUAGCAUCAUUUCUCCGUAUUUAACGAUCAUUUAUAAGAUUUCCCUUGAAACAGGCCUCAUUCCCCAAGAUUGGGAAAACGGCAAGCGUGACACCCGUUUUGAAAUCAGGCGAUAGAAAACUCGGAGAAAACUAUAGGCCGAUUUCACUAACGUCAAUAUGUUGCAAAAUAUUCGAACACAUUUUAUAUAGUAACAUAUCUGCAUUCCUUGACUCAAACGCUUUUUUUACACCU